UUGGGACAGAAGUCGGACGGAGUCAGCUGCGCUUUAAUUAUAAAGUUUAUUCAAUUUAAACAUUCAACAUGGCACUCAGUGAUGCAGACGUGCAGAAACAGAUCAAGCACAUGAUGGCUUUUAUUGAACAGGAGGCAAAUGAAAAAGCAGAAGAAAUAGAUGCUAAGGCCGAAGAAGAGUUCAACAUUGAGAAGGGACGUCUAGUGCAGCAACAACGAGUGAAGAUCAUGGAAUACUACGAGAAGAAAGAGAAACAAGUGGAGCUCCAGAAAAAAAUUCAGAAUUCCAAUCUGCUGAACCAGGCCAGACUCAAGGUGCUAAAAGCCAGGGAGUCUCACUUGAAGGCUCUGUUACAAGAGGCACAGACAAAACUGACAGAAAUCACCAAGGACCGCCAAAAGUACAAACAGGCACUUGUAGGACUGAUUGCUCAGGGACUUUAUCAGCUGCUGGAGCCAACAGUUAUUCUUCGAUGUAAACAAGUGGAUGUUGAUCUCGUCCAGGAGUGCUUACCACUUGCAGUGCAGAAGUAUGAAGAUGAAAUAAAAAAAACUGUCAAAGUCAACAUUGAUAAGGAUAACUACCUGGGAUCUGAAGUAUGUGGCGGUGUAGAGAUGGUGGCACAUGGAAACAAAAUCAAAGUAGAGAACAUGCUGGAGAAUCGCCUGCAAAUGAUUUUUGACCAGAUGGUACCUCACCUUAGAACUGUGCUGUUUGGAAGGAACCCUAACCGCCGAUUUACUGACUAAAUGUUUCUAGUCAAUGACCAUUCCACAUGUGAUAUCGUCAUACACUUAGCUAUUCGGACAAACCAUUAUGACAUUCGCUGACGUUGAAUAUCUUGUUUUUUUAUCAGAUAGAAAUUGAUAUUGUGUACCAGGGUCUUCAUUUCCACUUGAUAUGUAGGAGAUAUCUUGGUAGAAUUAAUUAACAGUCUGGGUGUAAUUAUUGUGGGGAUUUUCUGAAACAUCUGAGGGAAUUUGGAUGGAGGCUGUCAUUAUCAUAUAUCUAUGUAGAAUGGGAGAAUUACACAGUAGUAUGGUCACCUGGCACUAGUCACACCUAUAUAAACCGGGUAUCUUUUGUAUAAAUGUAGAUGUUCUUUGUUAGAAAUCUGUUGUGAGUAGAUUUGGUAGAAACAACCAUAAACUAUCACCUGGACAAAUCAAACCUUGUACUGACCAAUCCAUACUUAAUGUGAGGGAUGUCCUAACAUGCCUAAUUAGAGUGAGGGGCAUCCUAACAGAUAUAUUUUGAGUAUUUAGGAAUAUUCUAAGGCCACCAGACUUGUGUUAGAGAAGCAUCCCACCAGACUUCCUGUAAUGAAUGUAUCACCUAACCUGUUGACUUGCAUCAGUACAUACAACUGCCCAAACUUGCUAUUGUCUCUGUUCUGGAAUAACAUACAAGUCUCAAUAUUGCUGAAAAAUACAAGUUAUUGGUAGUUUUGUGUAUGAUCUAAUGAAAGAAUUGAUUGAUUUGAAAUGAAAGGCAAACUGAUUUAAAUAUAUACAUAUAAAGAAGUACAUAGACAGAUACAUAUAGAAUAGGUGACCUGUGAUCAUAUGAUCAGUGUAUGUUGUAAGGUCAUACAGGUGUUGGGAGUUUGAGUAAGUAAUUUAAGAAUGCAUUUGCUUCAGAAAUCCAUUGUGCUCAUAAAAUGUGUUGACCAUGUUAGAAUCUGCACAUGAUGCAUUGCGUCAUUGGUAGAUAAUCCUGGACACUUGGUUGUAGUACGUAACUAGUGCGUAACUGUCGUACCAUACAUCUGUGAUGUCAGCACUAUCAAGUGCUGUAGUGUGUCUUGUAUGUGAGCUGAACUUAUAAUCAUGAUGUAUUAAUUUCUGCAAGUACGAUGAUGGAAUUUUACAUAAAUAUCUACAUUUUGUUGAUUUUUGAAAUUAUGGUGAUUAUUAUUUAAUUCCAAUAAAUUAUGUAUACAAAUAA